CUGCGUGUUGUGAGAAUUACGUGUGCAGUACAUGUAGAGUUUACGGUUGGAAGAAGUAUGUGAAUAAUGUAAAUCAUUUCUUCUUGGAAAGUAAUAUAUUUUUAAUUAUCGCUUAGAAGUGUUUCUGAGUCAAUUAUGGCCUCGAAACACGAUAGACAAACAUUUAUGUCUGGUGUACAUUACCUCAAUCGGCAACAAUAUUAUGGAGAAAGUUGGGGGGCACUGCGAAUGAUAAAUUCUAGAUUUAAGUUCAGUAAAAAUCUGUACAGUAAAGAUUUAUAUGCCCAUUAUGGUUGCGUAAAUGCAAUUGAAUUUUCAAAUGAUGGCGAAUGGCUUGUUUCGGGCGGUGAUGACAAAAGAGUUCUGAUUUGGAACGUCGAUAAAACAUUGUCAGGUUCCUACCAGCCUAAAGCUAUGAAAGGGGAGCAUAAUAGUAAUAUAUUUUGCUUAGGAUUUAGUACAGCACAUACAAAGUUGUUUUCAGCAGGAAAUGACGAGCAAGUUAUUCUUCAUGAUGUAAACACAGCAGACAUUUUGGAUGUAUUUAUUCAUGAUGAAGCGGUGUAUGGUUUGUCUGUUGAUCCUGUAAACGAAAAUGUUUUUGCCAGUGCAUGCGACGAUGGUCGUGUUUUAAUCUGGGAUAUUAGGCAGACAUCUAAUGAUCCAUUUGUACUUGCAGGAUGUUCCUCAGCAUAUCAUGCUGUAAUGUACAAUCCUGUGGAACCAAGGUUUAUUGCUACAGCUAAUGCUAAAGAUGGGGUUUGUUUAUGGGAUAUUAGAAAGCCCAAAGUAUGUUUAAUGAAAUAUGGUGGCUCCUUAUUAUCUCAGAGUGCAAUGAGUGUUCGGUUUAAUUCUACAGGAACUCAUUUGUUAGCUUUAAGACGAAGGCUUCCACCUGUAUUAUAUGAACUGACUUCUGUUCUACCAGCUGCUGAAUUUGAUCACCAGGAAUAUUAUAAUUCAUGUACAAUGAAAAGUUGUUGUUUUGCUGGAGAUAAAGACCAAUAUGUGCUUUCUGGUUCAGAUGAUUUUAAACUGUAUAUUUGGAAGAUACCAGAUGCUGCAAAUUCAAAAAAAGGGUUCUGGGUAAGUAAAGCUCAUUUAGUUUUAAGAGGUCAUAGAUCAAUUGUCAACCAAGUCAGGUACAAUAACACUUAUGGAAUUUUAGCCUCUUCAGGGGUGGAAAAAAUUGUAAAAUUGUGGAGUACAUUUCCAAUAUCUUGUAGUGAAGACAAUAGUGGUUAUGUGUCCAGUACAGAUGGGCUGAGAAAAGUGUAUUCACACGAGGAAUACAUCAGUUUAGUACUUGAAAGUGGACAGUUCAUGACUCAUGAUUACAGUCAUCAUUCUGUUCAGGAAGAUCCUCGAAUGAUGGCAUUCUUUGACUCUUUGGUUCAACGGGAUAUAGAAGGUUGGACAUCUGAUUCUAGUGAUGCCACUGAUUUGUUAAAUACAUGCUGUGAGGUUCAGUCAUCUGGCUCACCAUCAGCUAGUUUUUCAUCUUCAUCAGAUGAUGAGAGUCACCAAAAUGAAGUGAAGAUUUCUGCAAAAAAAAAUUCUAGUGCUCCGCAAAGUAUUAGUGCUACACAAGCUGCACAGAGUCUGUCAUACAUAAUAAAAAGAGCUUUAGCUAACAGUCACUGUGCAUCUCUGCCAAAUGAUGUUGAGGAAAGUGGGGAUCCCUCUCUUGAUCGAAUAUCACAACUCAUAGCAAAGAAACGCCAUGAGCAAAUGCUAAGAACUGCAAGAGCUACUAUGAAGUUGAGUGGGAGAAACUGUAAAUUAAUAGGCAUUAAAUUAAAGGAAGCGCAUUCUGACUCUUGUAAAUUGAUCACUGGAGAAAAUGAGAAUUCAGAAACUAAUGUGAAAGGUUCAGCCAUUGAUCAUGAAAUUGGUAGGAAGGCUUUUAAUUUAUUGUUGAAAGCUAAGGAUAAAAGAAAAAUGUUGCGUAAAAAACGUGCUAAGCUAAAUAAAGAUGCUACUUUGGGAGAACACAGCUCUGAUUCAGAUGAAAACAAAGAGUUAACUGAAGUAAAUACAAAUGUAAAAGGUGAUAAAGAAGAAAGUGAAGUCAAAACUGAUCCAGUAGUGACAUCAAAAUCAGAGGAAAAUGAAACUGGAUCAAUGAGUAAUGGUGCAAUUCAUAAGAAAGAUACAACUGAAAUUGAUACUGUUCUGCCAAAUGGUACACAAAAUGGUUUAAAUGGGACUGAUGUUACCACUGUGGCUACAAACUCAAAUUCAUUUGGUUAUUUUCCAGCUAAAAGUACUAAGCGUAAUAGUAGGAAUUACCGAAAAAGAAGUGCUGAAGACCUUGAUGAUGAUUAAUUUCAUGAAAUUGUAAUAUUUGAUUCAUGCUGAACUCUUAAAAAUUAAUUUUUUAUAUGCUCAUUUUGUCUUUUAUAGCUCAGCGUGUAUUGUAUAUGUUGCUUAAAUUCUGAAUAUUUAUUUUACUUAUUCUGCCUAAGUUUAAAUUCUAGAUUUAAUAUGUAAAAUAAUCUGUUUGGUUUGAUUCCCCUUGUUUUUUUGUUUGAAAAGUUUAUUAAAAUAAUAAAAUAUUAAUUAAUCAAAGAGGGAAAAAUUUGUAAAAGAAAUAAUAGGAGUGAAUUGUAAAAAUAUUGCCACAUUAUGAUCUUUAAAAUUCUGGAAUAUCUAGAAUAUCUAUAUAUAAUAAUGGUAUCUUUGUAUAAAAAUAUUAAUUUUUAAACCAUAAAGUCUUGGAACAUAAAAUUUGUGCAUUUCAACUGUAUGUAAUUUGUAAAGCUAAAUAAAUUAAAAAUCCACCCGGUGCAAAAUAUGCAAAUGUUAAUUUUGUAGCUGUUAAAAGUAAGAAGGAAAGAAUCUUUACUGAAAUAGCAAGAGUUCCUUAUAUUAGUUCAGGAGUGCUGUUACAGAAUUAUAUUAAAUUCUUUUACAAAGCAAUUUAAUAUGUUCAUAUGAUGAUAUUACUAUUCUUUACAGGAUUGGUAAAAGGCUCUGUUUUAAAGCAUCUGUAUAAAAAUAAAUGUAUAUUUGUAUCCAGAAUUGGCAUACAAUAAAUGUAUAAAAUUUAUUCAUUUUUUUA